AUGGCCUACACCAUGGUGGAUCUGUGCUGGAAGCUGUCCGUCUGCUUGCUUUGCUACCAGGUUGUCUCGGGCAGAGUUAGGAGGGAGGGCCGUUAUGUUGCUGCCGUCUACGAACACGAGUCCAUCUUGAGUCCUAACCCGGCAGCCCUGGUUGAUCGACAGUCUGCGCUGGAACUCAUGGGCAGGAACCUGGACAUCUACGAGCAGCAAGUAGCGGCCGCUGCCAGACAGGGAGCACAGAUCAUUGUUUUUCCUGAAGAUGGAAUCCAUGGCUUCAACUUCACCAGAAGCUCCAUUUAUCCUUACUUAGAUUUUGUUCCGCAUUCACACUCCAUGAAGUGGAAUCCAUGCAGAGAGCCCUAUUUGUUCAACGACACAGAGGUUCUCCAGCGUCUGAGCUGCAUGGCACUGAAGAACAAACUGUUCCUUGUGGCAAACCUCGGGACGAAGCAACCCUGUGCACACACCGAUCCUCGCUGUCCCCCGGACGGAAGAUACCAGUUCAACACCGACGUGGCGUUCAGCGAGGACGGUGUGCUGGUAGCCACCUACCGCAAACACAAUCUCUAUUUCGAAUACGCCUUUGACACCCCUCCAGAACCUGACUAUGCGCUCUUUGAGACCCCUUUUGCCGGCCAGUUUGGCAUGUUCACGUGCUUCGAUAUACUCUUUUUUGAGCCUGCAGUGCGCCUCAUCACACAGUACAGUUUGAAACACGUUGUGUAUCCGACUGCCUGGAUGAACCAGCUCCCACUCCUGUCGGCUGUAGAAUUUCAACGAGCUUUUGCAACAGCUUUUAACAUCAAUCUUUUGGCAGCUAAUAUCCACCACCCUGCCCUGGGCAUGACGGGGAGCGGCAUAUACACUCCAGUCAAGUCCUUCAUCUACCACGACAUGGAAAGCUACGGUGGCAGGCUCAUAGUGGCAGAAAUUCCGGUGACUGGCACAGAUUACAAAACCAAUUUGGAGAGUGGUGAAAGGUUCAGAGAGAACUUGCAUCGCUCCUGCAACACUUUUACAAGCGCCCCGAUGGCUGAUCAAGUUUGCUUUGAGGAGGGACAAGAGACCCCCGGCAGGGUAUCGGAACGAGGAAAUGAACAGUUAUCUCCCCUGUUUUAUUCCGAAAUGAUGUACGACAACUUUACUUUCGUUCCUGUCUGGGGGGAAAAAGGAGAGCUCCAGGUUUGUGCCAACAGCCUCUGUUGUUACUUAGAUUACCGGAGAGCUGUGGUAACGGACGAACUGUACGCCUUGGGAGUUUUCGAUGGGCUGCAUACAGUGCAUGGCACGUACUACGUCCAGGCCUGUGCGUUGGUGAAGUGUGGGGGUCUCAGCUUCAGCACUUGCGGACAGGAGGUCACAGAUGCCACUGCUCUGAUGGAUUUCCAGCUGUGGGGCAACAUGAGUACCCCAUACAUCUUUCCUUUACUGCUGACAUCUGGUGUGACCUUGGACUUUGCCGAUCACACGGGCUGGAAAAACCACCACUAUUUCAUAAGCAAAAAUAGAACAUCUUCUGGCCUGCUGACAGCUGCUCUGUAUGGACGAUGGUACGAAAGGGACUAG